AUGAGGAGCGCAAGACUCUCGCAGCCAUCGGUGCCCCUGUGCUGGCGCGGCCAUAGCUUUGUGAGCCGAAGCAAUUCGCUGCUAGUGCAUUACCGUCAACCCCUGUUCACAGCUCCGCUGCCACCUCUCGUGUCGAGUGCCAGGCCUGGGCUCCACGUUGGCCUCCCCGUUGUGCGAAGAUUCGCCACCCGCCCUGCCAAAUCACACCCCAAUCACGGCGCCGUCAAGCCUCCUUCCGAGCCGAGUGGUGCGCGUGUAUCGCUGCCCACCAAGGAGAACGAGCAAAUGGUCAAGAAGUUGACCAACCUGCUCCGGAACAAGAACCCCGUCACCGCCAGGCAAUUCGUAGGCUUCCUCCGCAAGACCAGCGACCAAAGAGAGCCCACGAUCCUGUCGGACAAGGUGGUAUCGCUGCUGCCGCAGCUCACGUUCGAAGAUGAACGCACGAGGGCCAAGGAGAGAUACGAGCAACAGGCCAAGGAGCUGAAGAAGGACAGCAGGCAGGGGAGCAACGCGGCCGCGAAGAAGCCGGCGGUCCCCAAGCGCAAGGAGUCGGCCGAGGAGAGGGAGUACAAGGCGCGAGAGCUGCUGAUCAAGGAGGACGAGGACGAGCGGCGCAAGUUCACCAUCAUCCUGGCCAGCCUGGGCAAGAUGCGCAAGAUCGAGGGCAUGCUCUACGUCUACAACAUGCUCAAAUCCAGGGAACGCCAAGAGGACGAACGCAUACGUCAAGCGCUUGACGAAGCCGCCUCCAGGAAGGAAAAGGCGCCUGUGAUGGAGGACUCGCGGUGGAAGGUGGACGUCUACAUGUACAACCUGGUGCUCGAUGCGCUGGCCAAGGCCGGCUACCUGGGCAAGAUGGAGGAGAUCCUGCAGGACAUGGCGCAGAGCCGGGUCGACAAGGACCGGGUGACCUACAGCGUGCUGUACGGCGCCUACUCGAGCCGCGGCGACGACACCAGGGCCGAUCAGGUGUGGCAGGAGAUGAAGGACCGCGGCGUCGAGAUGGACCUCGCCGGCUACAACGGGCUCAUGAACACCUUUGCCCGCAGGGAUGACGUCGAUCGCGUGCUCGAGACCUACAAGCAGAUGCAGACCGCCGGCAUCCAGCCGGACCAGGGCACCUUCUCGAUUCUCCUCGAGUGCUGCGCCCGCGACGCGCUCGAGUUCAGAACGCGCACGUCGGCGGCGGCGGCCGCGGCAACAGAGACAGAGAAGGCGGGCGAUGAGGAGGGCGAGGCGGUGAAGACGGGCGAGGAAGAGGACGACGACGGCCUCUACGCGAUGGAUGAGAAGGAGCGGGUUCGCAUCUUGCAGUCGAAGCGACGGCGCAUGGAGGCGGUCAUGCGGGCCAUGAAGAAGGCGAAAGUGCGGCUGGACAACAUUCUGGUCAACUCGAUCAUCCGCUGCUACGCCUCGCUGGGCGAGGUCGAGGAGAUGUUCAGCGUUGUGCGCUUCCUCGUAGAGGAGGAAAAUAUCAAGCUAGCCGAGGACAACUACUCGCUGAUGGUCUACUGCGCCGGGAGGGAGAAAGCGAUCGAUGUGGGGCGUCUCACGAAAGUCCUCGAGGAGAUGAAGUGGAGCAACGUCCAGCCCACGGCCAAGACCAUCAACGCCGCCAUCCACUCGUUCGCCUUUGCCGGCCCGCAGCAGCUCGAGGCCUUCAUCCUCCCACCCUCCGCACCGACCACCAACGAAGCCGGCGCAGCCGCCGGCGACGACGGAAAGAACGAAAGCGAAGCGGAAAAAGCGAAGAAGCGAAAGGCUGACGGCGCGAAGGAAAAGAAAGAGGAGCAGCAGGUCAGCCUGUGGCAGCUCAUCAAGAAGUACGGCGUGGUGGUGACGGACGACAUCCUAUUCGACCUGCUCAAGGUCUACGCCACCAACGAGGCCGCCCCAGUGGCUCCAGCCGGCGCCGACGUCGUGGGCAUCGUGGAGGGAGCGCGCAGGCAACUGGACCGGGCCCGGCUCGCCAAGCUGCUGCACAAGAUGAAGGAGGAGGGCUUCGGCUCGUCCCUCACGGUGUUCAACUCGCUCAUGCGAUUCCACGCCGCCUAUGGCGAAAACCGGGUCCGCGAGGUCACCGUGCUCUACAGCCAGAUGAAGAAGCGGCAGGUGAGGCCCAACCUCCAGACGUAUCUGGUGAUGGUGGACACGAUACUGAGCACCGAGCGGAAGGUCCAGCCCGAGCAACGGCCGGCCUCCAGUGGCAAGGCGAGUGGCGAGGAGAAGGAGCGAGAGAAGGAGCGAGCGGAGCUGUCCUACCUCCUGUUCUCGGAGAUGCAGAGCGAGGGCGUGCAGCCCAACCUCAAGCUCUUCAACAGCCUGAUCGAACUCAGCGGAUUCGAGGAGCUGCGACGCAGGGCCUCCGUUGUCGACAGCACCACCCACAACGUCGAUGGCGAUCGGUCCGCGGCCCUGGGCGAGGAGGAGUUCCGGCAGAAGGUGCUCUCCAUCCUCACCGAGAUGCGACGACUCGGGAUCAGACCCAACACCAAGACCCUCAAGUGCAUAUCUUCCGCGUGUGCGGUGGCGGGCGCGGGCGAGGCGUUGGGUCCCGCCAUCUUCGACGAACUGCCGCGUCUCUUUGCAUAG